AUGAAGAAAUACCGCUCCUACACCAACCGCACGGCCCUAGACAAGGCCAACAAGGCCCUGAACAACGCAAGCAGGAACACCAAUAACCCCCCCCUGGCCAGCGUCCAAUUCGUGGCCGCCCGGCAACUCAAGUCAGGUGAUCUAAGCCUGACACUUGGCACCGCCGCCCAUGCAGAAGUGGCGCGUCGACACCCCAACUGGGCUAAAGAGAUUGACCGGGACGCUAAGGUCCGGAUCCCUACCUGGGGGUUGGUUGUUGACAGGUUCCCGGUCAAAGCCAUGAAGCUACCGGAGGAUAUGGACCAGGUGGAGCGAAGGGAGAUGUUUACCAAGAUUGCCGCACGCACGGAUAUCAGCCCACAUGCAGACUAUAACACGCUGGUGUUGGAUCCCAAGGCUGUAAGAUACGUGGCUGAAUUCAUGCUAAAAACUGGCCCGUUAGGUCAGUUCAGGGAUGUAGGUGUGGAACUAGAGCCCCCGGAGGCCCCGGACCUAGAACCCCUAGGGAUCCCGGGGUAG